AUGAAGUACCUUCCCUUACCCUCUAUCGAAGAGGUGUCAAAUGCUCUGAAUUUUGACACACCGGAUCUUAAUGUCGUUGGCGGAUGCGACCUCUACAUCACAAAGGCAGCGUCAGACGAUCGCAAACUGUAUAACAAGAUCGAGCAAUCGUUGGAAUCGCAAUAUGAGUCGCUUCUGAGACUGUCGGCGUCGUUGUCGCCACCAAGCGCGACAGCAUCUAGUGUCGCGCUCUCACUUAACCUCUCGCGAUCUAGUCCGUUUGGGCCACUUACGGAGCAUUCAAGUCGCCGCACUUUUGCGUAUUUGAUUGCGACUUUAAAUGCAAGUCAUCCUGAUUACGAUUAUAGUCAUGUCCUGCGACCCACGGAUUUUCGCCGCGAGCGAAAUUUGAAGAAAGUUAUGAAUAACUUAGACAUGACGCUCCACAAUCUUCGCCCCCAUCUUCGUGGGGACGGCACGCCUUCGCCGCCAAACGAUUCGUUUGCAGGGUCUUACAGUCCUGGGUCCACAACGGUAUGGGGACCGCGGAUGUGGAAGCAUAUUGAUGAGCAAAUGAGUCUUAACGAGUGUGCGAUAUUUUCUUACGCACCUGAGGAUGAUAUGAAUGAUGAUGACGAUGGAGCGAUAUGGAGCCACAACUACUUCUUCUUCAAUAAACAGCGCAAGCGCGUCUGCUAUAUCUAUCUUCGUGGCAUCCCGAUCAUGAGUCACGAGGAUGAAGACACGUGGGAUGGGCUCGCUACGUCGGCUGGCAAGAGAGGACCAGAAGAUGCCUACCUCACGCCAGACGUGACUGCGAAGAAGCGCCAGCGGUUUUGGCUUGGUAAUCUCACAUCGGAUGACGAAGCAGAAUCCCCGACAAAGGACACGAAUUCCUCACGAGCCCACAAGGGCUUCGUUCGUGCGAUGAGCGAAGAAAUGGUUGAUUCAAUGGAGGUGUAA